CAGUGUAAAAAAUUUUGCCGAAUGCCGAUUCGAUUCGAUUUUCAUUUGUUUUGUUUUGAUGAUUGAUCUCCUAAAAAUGUCUCGGAAUACAGAAAAAUAAAUGUAUGUGUUUAUCAGGAAUCAUAAGUAAAGAAAAAGUGCUCAAUUGAUGAGUAAACUGCUGAAAACGGUAUUUUCAUUACGAACAUUUCGCAAUUGUUUAUCCGUAACACCGUUCGGCGUAAAAAUGGUGCGCUUUUUUCCAAAUCCGUACGAAGACUACGGACACGGAGCAAACGUGGACAACAGUGAGAUAAUCUCCCAAAUUAACGAAUAUACUAAAGUAAUAAGAAAGCGUUUGGUGCCUCAACGGAAGAAUGUAGAUGGCGGGCUGUAUGUCGGUGUAACUGGCGUGGCGUAUAUGUUUUAUUAUUUGUCGAAAAAUCCUUUGUUAUCGGCGAACAAAAGCGCUUAUUUAGAACAGGCAUUAGCAUACCUCACUCCAGCGCUAGAGACAUCAGCCGGCGACAGGACUUCAUUCCUUCUCGGCGAUGCAGGGACACACAUCAUUGCCGCGGUUUUGAAACGAGAAAUGGGCGACGACAAGUACACUGACCAUUUCAAAAUGUACAAGUCUCUGUACAAUCAGUAUUUAAAUCCUAAAUUCCUGAAAUGUGGCGGCGACGAAUUCUUCGUCGGUCGCGCUGGCUACUUGGCCGGUUUGCUGUGGGCGUCGCGCGAGACACAAACACAAAUAUUCACUAAUGAAGAACUGUACAAAAUAUGCAAUGUUAUGGUUGCAUCUGGCCAGGAAUAUUCUCGAAAACAUGGAAGCCCCUGCCCAUUGAUGUAUCAUUAUUAUAACACUGAAUAUCUGGGUGCAGCGCAUGGCAUAAGUUUCAUACUACAGAUGCUUUUGUCUGUGCCCGGUUAUUUGGAAUUCAAUAAAUCAGCUGCACUUGACAUCAAGUCUACAAUUGAUUUUGUGUUAUCUUUGCAAACUGAAGAAGGCAACUGGCCUUGUUGUAUGGAGGAGAUAGGUUUGGCUGAACAUAAGUUAGUACACUGGUGCCAUGGUGCUCCUGGCACAGUCUACCUGAUGGCUAAAGCAUACUUGGUAUUCAAAGAACAAAAGUACCUCAACGCGUGUGUCAAAGCUGAGGAAGUUGUAUGGAGUAAGGGACUGCUUCGUAAGGGACCUGGGAUUUGUCAUGGCGUUGCAGGCAAUGGCUAUGUAUUUCUCCUUCUAUUCAGAUUAACUGGAGAUGUAAAUUUUCUUCAUAAAGCUAAAUUGUUUGCUGCCUUUAUGUCGAGUGAUGAAUUUUUGAGGGAUGCAAGACUUCCUGACAAUCCAGAGAGUUUGUACGAAGGCACGGCUGGCACUGUAUGUUUCUUAGCUGAUGUUUUAGUUCCAGAUAAUGCAGCCUUCCCAUUUCAAGAUGUAUUUUAGUUAUUCAUCUAACAAAUAAACAUAAUUUAAUACUUUAUCAAAAGCAGUGCCAUAUUUUAAUAAUAAUAACUAUUUAAAAUUUAAUUAUGACUUAAUUAAUAAUACACUAAACUCUUAUGUAGAUAAAUUAUGAAUUUGAAAUACAUAAUUUUAAACAUUA